AGCAGUUGGUGCAGACCAUUUCCAAGAGGCAACAUGCAUUCCAGCAGGCUACUUUUUGCAGGUCUAUUUUUUUUAGUGCUCGUUAUCUACAGCAGUGGAGGAAACGUCAAAAACGAGGAGUUUUAUUCUUUAUUUGCUGAGUAUGGGCCUACUCUGAAAAUGGACCAGGCUCUACUCGCAUUUCACAACCAGCUCACAGAACAAGUGCAGGUUUUCUACACGUCGGAUUACUGCUACAAGUGUGUGAAGCAGCCCUUGGUCACCGUGAAGCCCAACAACAAUGCAUCUGCAGCAAUCAGCACUAAAUUCACCCUGACUCUGCAGGUUGAAUCCCAAACCAGGAAUGCAACUCUUUGCAGAUGGAGUCAAAUAUAUGAGGAAGGAGGUCAUUACUCAGUGUGGAUCCAGAUGCCUGCAGCCUCCACUAAUCCAAUCUGCCAUUUUUCUGUGGAUAGAAGUCCAAACAAUGCAUACCUGCCUCUUCUGGUGGCAGCCCUCCUACUGGCCUUUAUAGCGCUCUUAGUUGUUGUGGUGCCCUACAUCCACAGGAGGCGUUGCACAUCUAAGUGUGUUAGGGUCAUCUGCUGCCAAGAUCCACUGUACUCCAUGGAUAAUGAGGGUGCACAUGCUUGUGAGACUGCAGCUAAACCAUCACGUCUGCUCUCCUUGGACGCUUUCCGAGGGUUUGCUCUGACAGUGAUGGUGUUUGUGAACUAUGGUGGAGGAGGCUACUGGUUCUUCCAACAUGCACCCUGGAAUGGUUUAACCGUAGCAGAUCUGGUCAUGCCGUGGUUUGUGUUUAUAAUUGGGACUUCAGUGGUUUUGGCCUUCAGCUCCAUGCAGAAGAGAGGAGUCAACCGCCUGCAGCUGCUGAGAAAAAUCACCUGGAGAACAGUUGUGCUGAUGAUGCUCGGCUUCUGCUUUCUCAACUACUCUCCCAGAGACGGCCCCUUGUCCUGGUCCUGGCUAAGGAUCCCUGGAGUGCUGCAACGUCUGGGCUUCACCUACUUUGUUGUGUCUCUCCUGCAGACUUUCUGGGGCCAGUCACCAAUCCCAGAGAGAGCGCAUCAGUGGAGGAACGCUGCCCAGGAUAUUUUCUCUUACUGGCCUCAGUGGGUGAUUAUCAUGCUGCUGGAGACUUUAUGGCUGUGCAUCACUUUCCUCAUGCCUGUACCCAACUGCCCCACAGGGUAUUUGGGAGCUGGUGGGAUCGGCGAUGAUGGUCUUCACCCAAACUGCACUGGGGGUGCAGCUGCAUACAUUGACAGAUGGAUAUUUGGUGAUAACAUGUUCAGAUAUCCUACUUGCAAAGAAAUGUAUCGCACUGGGCAGCCCUUCGACCCAGAAGGGAUUCUGGGAACAAUCAACUCCAUUGUGAUGGGAUUUCUGGGGAUGCAGGCAGGGAAGAUUAUUGUUUUCUACAAAGGAAAGAACAUCCACAUUCUCUGUCGAUACCUGAUGUGGGCCAUCAUCCUGGGAAUCUCCGCAGCCAUCCUUUCUAAGUGCACGCGAGACGAAGGAUUUAUACCUGUCAAUAAAAACCUUUGGUCGUUGUCCUAUGUGUUGUCUAUGGGCUGUUUCUCUUUCCUGCUGCUCGGAGGCAUGUUCUUUGUCAUUGAUGUGAAAGGCUGGUGGCAUGGACAGCCCUUCAUAUACCCAGGGAUGAACUCCAUCUUUGUGUAUGUUGGCCACUCGCUCCUCGGGUUCUACUUCCCCUUCAGCUGGGAGAGGCGCUUCCAGGAGAGCCACUGGGAGUUCUUGCUGCAGAACCUGUGGGGAACUGCCCUGUGGGUGCUCAUCGCCUACCUCCUCUACAGGAAGAAGUUUUUCCUCAAAAUAUAGCCAGGAUGAACUGCCCCACGUGAAUCAUGUAGACACUCUUACCUACAGGGCUGAAAAGCUGUAAAAUAAAUAGAUGAAUAGAUUGUUGUAGCUUCAUUUUACACAUUUUAGUCAGCGAGGGGGAAAUAAUCCCACAUUAAGAAAUAAUUAUUUGAUCAGAGAGUUUAGGAACUAUUUCUUAGUAAUCGUUGACUUCUUGCUUUCCUGGAGAAUAAAUGUGACACUCCUCAAAAUGGGACAGACAAGAGAACAUACCAUUCAACCAAGGCUAAUGGCUACAUGAAAAUAGCUGCUCUCCUGAACUGUAAUGAGUGGCAUCUUGGGGUCUUCACGUAUCCAUAGCAACCACAGACAGCAUCUACCUGUCAGUCGGUUGUUUGGGAGUGAUUUCCUGAAAAAGCCCCAACUGUCCCACCAUCCCAAAGGUAAACGUGUAAUCUUUACUGAACAACGUUGGGAGUUUAAACGGAGCUGUGUGCUUUGGUCAGAUUAGAAUAACACUCCAGGUGAGCUUGCUCUGAAGCAAAGUUUGAACAUUUGGAAAAUCGCUGGAGGGUACGGUGGUGGAUCUUUGAUGCUGUGGGCCUGUUGCUCCUCCAAAGACACCAGGAACUUUGUUUGUGCUCAUGGCAUUGUAAGCUCCUGCUGCCAUCUUCAUAUCUGUCCGAUUCUCUUUAUAACUAAUAGUUUGUUGCUCUCUGUUCUAUCAAUGUAAAAUGUGUUAUUCCUUUCCCACAGAGGAACCACCUGCUUCCAGAGUUCCCUGGAAUAAUUUAGAAAACAAAAAAUUUGUGACACUUUUCCAUUUGGUUUAUACCACCAUUAGUACUUCUUUUUAUGAAUAUUAUCUUCAUGUAAUCAUUUAUGUCUGUAAUGUUUUUAUAGCUUUUAGGCCCCUGUUUCUAUGGUUUUAUGUCCUGUGAUUUAGAUUUGAUCAUAUCUUGUGCAAUGUUUGCUGACCAUACCUGUGGUAAGAGCUUCAUGAGUAAAGGCCAUAUAAAUAUAAAACACACAGCCAAAUGAUUUUGGUAAAAACAAUAAUUUCUUUACAAAUGAAAGGUAAGAUUUUCCUAAUUUUGUCAUUGUGAGAUUAUGCUGCUGCAAUAACAGAUGAAUUUAUUUAUGAUUUGUAGACAUUUGUGAGAGAAUAUAAACAUCUGAUCUGCUGAACUUGUUCAAGUUUGGAAAAAUAAAACUACAUGUUUUUA